GUGUAAAUGGAGGGGAGGUUGGUUUGUGUACUGGUCUGGGUGUAUUGAAAUUCUCUGAGCAAUAGUAACCGGCGUUGUCUCUUUCAGGUCACGGGCUAGUGAUCAUCUCCACUGCCUGACACCUCCCCGGGGCUCAACCAGUCGUCCCUCGAUCCACUGCAAGGCAAGAUUCGGAGAUUUCUCCAACCCCCCCCGCCCCCCUCCAACCCCCCCUCCCUCCCUCCUCUCUCCAUUGCCCACCCUGCCCCCAGAAUGGAAAGCCUAACAGAGCUGCAGAACCCUCUGCUGGAGAAGUCCCAGCAGGUUGGGGGUGACUACGGUUUACAGGAGGAUUACGACGGGGAACGCCACUACAAGGAGAAACUCCUGAGCUAUUUUGUCAGCAGUAACUCGGGCAAGAACAAGCCCAAAGGCAACUUCACCCGGCAACUGCUCGACGCCAGCUCCCUGCACCUGGCUGUGGAGGCCUUCUACCGGCCCAAUUUUAUUUUGUACAAAGACGAGACGAAAGAGAACGCAAAGGAUUACAGGAACGAGAGCUGCGAGACGACCUUCACUGAAAGGAAGAACUUGACUAUUGACUGCCCCGACCACUCGGAGUCUAAACUUGUGGAGUACACGGAGAACGACGUGACCAUUCAGACUGUCUCCUACGAGGUGGAGGAGGAGGAAUUUCACGACUGUGAGAGUGACUGCUCGAGUGACAGCGACAGCGAGGACAACUUUAUCAUGAUCCCUCCGCGCGACCACCUGGGCCUGGCCAUCUUCUCCAUGCUCUGCUGCUUCUGGCCCCUGGGCAUCGUAGCCUUCUACUUCUCACAGGGGACCAGCAAGGCCAUUGCCAAAGGGGACUACCAGCGGGCUACCUCGGCAUCGCGAAGGGCUCUCUUCCUGGCCGCCCUCUCCAUCACCAUCGGCACGGGCAUUUACGUUGGGGUGAUCGUGGCUCUCAUUGCUUACCUGUCCAAGCCGGGUCACGUAUAGCGUGGAACCGCCGACCCGCUCGGUGCGAUGAUCCUCGAGAGACUCUUCUUCACCCGUUUGAUUAUCCAAUGUCCACUGCCCCUGUCCAUUGAAGUAAAUUGUGUGUGUUAUCCAUUGUCUGGCCAUUCUGGGAGUGAGGUGCGGACGGUGGGGCCCACCUGGCGAGGGGGAGCUUGCUCUCAUAACCCCGCGCGGGGGGGGGAGCUUUGAGCGGCCAGGGGGGGGCGGCCUUGAGUGACCAGAAGGGGAGCCAGAGAGUCCACUGGCUGCACUUUGACCCCUUGACCGGUAGCAGCCAUGGGAGCCACCCUGGCAGAGGAGAGACACUUGACUAUGGGGGAGACUAUGGAAGAGAGAACUAGCCUUCCGGUUAAUCUACCACAGGGGGGCGGUGGUUCCGGAGUGUGAUGGCCUUGCCUUGUCCCGUUCUACUGAUAGCCUGAAGGGGGAUAAUGGCGGAAAGAGGAGAUGUGGGAAUGAACUGUGGAGGAUGUAAAGUGAGCAGGGGGUUACAACUCUUAUACAAAUAUAACUAAACUGGUCCAGGGCAAGCGUGAACAAGCCAAUGAUAUGCAAAUUGCCAGUUCGCUGUUGCUUAGCAAGCUUUGCCCUGGGUCACCGUCCCCCAGUGAGCCAAUCAUGCCAUAAUUAGCUGCUCGAGUCGAUGUUACUGUAGCUGAGUCAUAAAGGCUACUUUGUUUGAACAAGCUAGAUCCAUUUUACUAAACGGUGUUCGAAAGAAAAGGGCCCAUGUCCCUCCAUAAACCUACAAUCACCAUGUUUUAUUUUUGGAGAGUCGAGGACCUUCUGAAAAUUAAAUGUGACUUUUGUGAUAGAUUUUUUUUUAAUUGAUUUAAUCUCCAACUAAUAUCGCUUUCCCAGGCCUAUUACCAGCCCAGAUGUCAGACACGCAGAUGUGACAAGCUAAAAUACAACAACAAAAAGUGACCUUGGUCUAACUACUGACGAAUAUAUUUUUUUUUUAACCAUUAACUUCCUACUUGGUAUUUGCA